CUCUCUUUCCUGACUUCCUACCUGUUGAGAUGCUCUGAUCUUGAGCUCAGAAGAAGCAGUCCUUGAAUGCUAACCAACUAUCCUGGGCCCCUUUUCCUUCAAGUACCCUGUCCCGUGGGAUUUCCUCUAGCAAAUGCUUGAAAAGGCCAAAGUCGGCCCUACUGAAGUCCAGGGUUGCAAUUCUGCUCGAUACUCUGCUCCUGCCACAUCAGAUCCUGAACUCCACCAUCUCAUGGUCACUGCAACACCUCCCUGAGCAACCUUUUCCAAGUCCUAAUCACCCUUUCUGAGGAAAAAAUGUCUCCUAAUUUCCAACCUGAACCUCCCCUAGUACAACUUGAGGCCAUUUCCUCUAGUCCUGUUGUUAAUUAUCUGCGAAAAGAGGCCGACCCCCAGCUCACCACAACUUCCUUUCAGAUAGUUUCAAAGAGGAUACAGCUCAUCAUGGUAGUUGCGUAGAGGAUAUGGCUCAGCCUUCCACAGAAUUUCCAGCAUCCAGGGGCAGCUUGGCACUGCCAACCCUUUGGGAUACAUUUUGGUGCUUUCCCCCUCUUUUCGCUGCAUUUUUGCCCAUCGGAAAGCUCUCCACUGGGGCAUUGAGAGCACAACCAUGUUCGUUUCUCGGGAAAGGGGGACCGCACUGGUUUUAGGGCUGGGGCUGAAUCCAUCACCUGCUUUGAGCUGGCUGAGCCCAGCCAGGUUUUUGAGCUUCCCACAAAGUAUAGGGGGAGAAGGACUGAAAGCUGCUGGAGUAGGAUCCCCAUCCCACCUCCUUUCUGUGUCAUGGACACACAAGAUCCCAUGGGGAAGGUGCCAGGAUAGGUCCCAGCCCACCACUCUAUGGGAAGGGGCAUGAAAACCAUUUCUGCAUGGGCAGAUGUGACAGCAAAGCCAUCGGUAGAUGGCCACAGGUUUCUUGCCCUGGACCAGUUGGUCUAGGACUGAAAAACAAGCCCUUUGUGGUCAUUACACAGGACACGACUUCAGGUCUUGCUGCUCUCAUUCUUGUUGCAAGAGCAGCCAACGUUCAUUGAAAGCUCCACCACGCCACUUUAGAGCCACCUGGUUGAGCGCAGAAGGAGGAGGAGAGCUCCCAAAUCAAGGUCCUUUCACCUUGAGCAUCCAGCAUUUUCCAUCUUGAGCUUCCUCACCUUGCACAGAGGUAGGUCUCCAACCUCUUUGUGGUGAGGAAGAGCCCCCAAGACCCCAGCACCCUCCCAAGAGAAGACAUUGUCCCGGCACCCCAAAAUCCAUUCCCACUGUGGUCAUUCAUUUAACAUUGCCCCUGCAAAAUAAGCACAAAGCACCCAGAGACAACAAGAACCGUGCUCCUCAUCCUAGACACCCCUUGGCAUUGCAGAUUGCUCCCUAAAGUCCCCCAAAAUGUAUUAUUAUUUUUUUCCCCAGGCAUGUCCCAGCACCUCUGUGGUUAAAGGCGUCUGUGCUGCUGCUGCCAAGUCUCCUCCCAGUCUCAGACAUGAUUGUUCAGAGCAUCCAAGGCGAGUUCUGCCCAUGCCAGUGGGGUGCUGUUUUCUUGCUGGACUAAAACCUGGUUGUUUUGCCCCAGAAAAUUAUUGCGUGCCGUGUUGUUCCUAAUCUCUCUUCUCCCUGAUUCCUCCAACGCUGCGUGAGUGGGGAUGUUACAAAAGGUGUGGAUCAGCGAUCGGUGUGCUGAGAAACCUUUUUUUUUUUUUUCCCUUCUAAAUACUGCCCCUGCUCUAACCACUCCCCCUUGCUAAUGACGAUAUUUAGGAGGAGUGGCCAAAAAAUAAAAAUAAAAAUAGAAGCGCACAUUUCCAUUGGAAACAGCCAUCUGCGCGUUUGCAAAAACACAUAUUUUCUUCCAGCUGAAGCUGUGGGCAGCUCUUGGAGGCACAGGAGCUCUGCAGAACAUGCAGCACACGAUGAGAAGGCAUUGGAAGCUUUCCAUCAAAUGCCAUAUAUUCAGGCCAGAGAAAUGCUUUUAAACCAGCAGAUAAACAGAGCACCAAAUUCCUCUGCAGUCAAGGCAGGAGGUGUCUCUAGAAAUUUGCUUUUUGUUUUCACAGAAUCACAGAAUUGUAAGGGUUGGAAGGGACCUCAAGAAAUCAUCAGGUCCAACCCCCAUUUCCUUCAAAAAUGACAAAUUUUGCAAGAAAGCCAUCUUUCAAAAAAUUUUUUUAUUUUUUUUUAAAGCUAGAGCAGCAUCACUUCACACUUGGCUUUGAAAGAGCACCUUUAGGUUGGCCACAGACUGGUGAAAACAUCACUUUUAUGGAGAAAAACGUUUUUUGCACGUGCUGGGUGGCAGCUUUAUAGCUGGUUUGCUCCCUGCAAGCGUAAAUGUAUUUUGCCCGGCUAAAUUCCCCUGCUCCCUGCCCUUUGCAAACCCAAACCUGAAUUUUAAUCCGCUCAUUUUUGAAGUUUUCCAGAGUUGGGACCCAUGCCUGGAGGGAGCUUUGGCCCAGCUGGAGCAAAGCUUCUGUGAUCCAGAGCAGGAGUAGUAUUUGUGUAGUACUCCCUCUACCGGAGAAAAUAAGAUAAUAAUAAUGUGUUUUGGGUUCGGAAAGGUUGUGUUUGAGGUGGUCGAAUAAAAACGGGGGUUUGUAGGUUAGUUUUGGGCAACUCCAGCCCCCAAAGAGAGGGGAUGGAUCAGGAAAGAUGGGACGGGCCACUGGGAUGGACCAAGCCCUGGGUUUUGGCUGAAGGAUGGGGUUUGGAGGAGGAAACUAUUUACAAAAAAAAACCACAUUGGAUGCAAAAUCAUUUGAACCAAAAUUUUGGGUGUUGAAAGGACACCUAGAAAUCCCCAACAUGAAUUUGCACAGACACAAAAUGUAGGCAAAGGGUAACGGGAUGGACGCAUCCUUUCUGCUGCGCCCUGGGAUCCCUGUUUGGGGCUGUCUGGUAGAGAAUGAUGAUUUCUCGUCUGCUUUGUUUGACCAAAAAACAUCCUGCAGAGCAAAGCCACAUCCUCCACUGCCUCGUAGAGCAGGAGGGAGAGCAGGGCUUCAGUUGUUUUCCCCAGCCUAAGAGGGGACGAGAAGGGUCUGGGGGGUCUGUGCCGCAAUGAUGGGAGCCGUCACCUAGUUGGCAUUGGUUGGAGCAUUUCUCCAGCUGGUUCACCACCACCAACCAUGGAGGCUUGUGCAACCCCUUCUCCAUGAAAACCUCCUCGCAGUCAUUAAUUCCACCAAUUUUUGUCCUUUCUACCCCAAACAGAAGAGACGUUUCCACCACUUUGCUCUGCAACCCUCGUACUCUUUGCUCUGGAGCAAUAGUUGGGGUGGAGAGGCUGCGACGUGAGCUUGGAUGUCUCAAACCUGAAUAUGGUUGAUAAAUCCAGCAAGAGGUGCUGGAGGCCAAGGGACUGAGCACUGGUGGCUUCUGCUUCUUCUUCCCCCCCCCUCCAAGGUUUUAUCCUCACCUCCAAAGGUGGGAAAGGGAAAGGCAGUGAUUAUUAAAUGAAAUUUUGGGGAUAAUUGCAUGGAAAAGGGAAUUAUGCUCAUACCUUAGAGGAUGGAGGGGUUUGCCCGGAGGAGACAGGAGCUGAAUUAAAAUUGGGGCUGCAGCAAGUGGUGGAAGGGUGUGGGGACACAGUGGGGGCAAGCAGCACCUGUUACCCCCCCCAGUCCCCUCCCCAGCAAGGUGCAGAAACCUCUAUGCAAGAAGAUAAUUGCAUUAAAAAAUAAUAAUAAAUGAGAUGAAAGCCCUGCCCUGCCCCUCCUCUCCAGGCGAAGAAGGGGUUGCUAUUGCUUUUUUAAUGUUUUUUAUUUUGAUAUUUCUUUUUGCCUUUUUUUUUCUAAUUUAAUGCUAAUUAAACAAUAUGCCCUUCCUUUUGCACCUCUCAGAGGCUGCUUUGCUUUCGGAAACCACUUUUUGUGGGCGGCCGCAGCAGGUCGGGAAGCAGAGGGCGGCGGGCGAGGCUCAGUCACCCAGCGCCGCUUCACCCAGCUUAAACUCCAGGAAAAAAAAUAAUUAAAAAAAAAAUAAUAAUUUCAUUUUUCUGCCCUUGGACCUGGCUCUGCUGCUCCUUGGGGACCACCGGCAAUGGCGGUGACAACGGUUUACACCAACCUGGAGGUGCCACAGGGUCCCAGUGGCACCCCACAGCUCCCAAAGCCUCCCGGUCGCCGGUGGUACUGGGCGAUACUGGGAGCCGGAUGGGUUGGGGCCGCCGUCCUGGCGGGCAUCGUGCUGUGGCUGCUGCAGCGACACGAUGGAAACGGCCUCAAUCCCACUGGCUCAUGCUCCUGGGAACCCUGCCCGGGCAAGGGCACCUCCAGCUCCAACCGCUCCCUGAACUGCUUCCAGCUGCGGCUCAGAGAGCGGCUGUGCGAGGCCGAGAGCCACCAGGCACCAGGUGCCGAGGGCUGCUGGCUCUGCCCUACGGGCUGGCAGCCCUUCGCCACCAAAUGCUACUGGGUUUCUGCAAAAACCCUGCCCUGGAAAGAGGCAGGAGAUGACUGCAGGGACAGGAGGGCAGAGCUGGCGAUGCUGAAGAGCGUGGAGGAGAAGGAUUUCAUCGGGACCAUGAGCAAAGAAAUAACGGGGAGCUGGACGGGGCUCAGCACCAUUCCGACUCAGGGCGAGGGGUGGACGUGGACGGAUGGAUCCCAUUUGCAGGAUGAUUUGUGAGUUGUUCCUGAGCCCAGUGCAAAAACACCCAUCCCGGGGGAAAUUUGGGUUGCUCACCCCAUUCCUCAACAGCAAACUCCCCCAGAAAUCCUUCCAGAGCUGGUGGGGAGCAAAUGAAAUUUGGGCAAUGAGGGUCCACAGCCCCCAGCUGCUUGGCAAGGAGAGGAAGAAGCGAUUAAAGCAUUUUUCCUACGUAUUUUCCCUGCAAUUUCAGGCAGGGAAAUUUCAACUAGUUAAAAAAGGAGACGCCCCAAUCUGGGAUAUUUUGCAGCUGGUGUCCUGCUGUAGCCACAGUGACUCUGAUAUUAAAAAAAAAAAAAAAAAAAAAAAAAAGAGAGCGCUUUUUAG